AUGCCUACCCUGCGUCCGAAAGCGAAACCGCACGCGAAGGAGGAAUCCGAAGAUGAGUCCCCCUUGUCGAGCUCUGAGAUUGAAGAGAGCGACUGGGAAAUACCUCGGAAAAAGCGAAUGACGAACUCUGUGUCAGCUUCAGCGAAGAACGAACAGAAGCUGGAACCGAUGAAGGAGGAACCAGAAGAGGACAUCUAUGCUUUACCCAUAGGCACAAGUGAUGAGGAGGAGUUCUCAGAUGACAUGUUGAGUGAUGGACUGGAAACGCCAAGGACUCGGAGAACUGAAGGUAACGGACGGAUGUUGACGUUGGAAGAGAAGUUGCGUCAAAAAACGGAUGAAGAGAAGGGCACGGAACGGUCACCGAGCUCGAGUCACAAGCGGUCAGCCAACAAGAUGCUUGGCUCUAGCGAUGCGAAAGAGGAGAUAUUCGAUAUGUGGUCCCAGCCGAGCGCCAAAAAAAGGCGCAGCGUCACAUUCGGGCGUCGCAAAACGCUGGAUAGUAGCAUGACCGAGUCACAUCCUCCUUCGAGUGCACCUCCGCCUAAGUCAUCCGUGACAUCGGUUGGGCAGGACACAGAGAGCUCUGACGAUGAGUACAAAGGGAAGCAAAGGAAGGAGUUCAAAGUCCCUCUUGACUUUGACCCUGACAACCUACCCAGUCCCUCGCCGCCUCUAGAUAUAACAGACUCUGAAAAUGAUUCCCCGCUUAGCCCUGCACCCAGUUACGGCUCCAUUGACCUUUCUACGGAGAACGAGGAUGAUUCCAGGAGCAAAUUCAACCCCGCCGAUUAUCUCUGCCCCAUGUGCAAGGAAGCAGUAGAUCCUGGGGCAUUGCUCGUCUUCCGAGCCCAACCCAAACAACGCAUUCGAGAUCAACGCAAAUUCUGCGAGUCACACAAACAAUCAUCAGCAGAGCAAGAGUGGAAGAACGCUGGGUAUCCGACAAUCGACUGGGAUGAAUUUGAUCAACGUAUUGAGUCGCAUUUCAGUGAAAUCGAGAAGCUGAUGGUGCCGGACAACUCGUCAUACUAUCGGAACUAUCUCAAAUCAAUGUUGAAGGACGGCAAGGCGAAGAAUUUUGCGCUCAAAUUCGAAGGCGAUGCUCUGGAGGCGUUAUCGUGCGGGUAUUACGGAACUCGGGGGUCUGAGAGGAUGUUACAGAGAAUAACCACUCGCUACGCUCGCAAGCUUCGCCGCCUAGCCGCAGAAGACCAUAUCGUGAACCAAGCGGGUGUGGUCGGGUACACACAGGCAGUCUUAGUGCCAGAACUAGCCAUCAGACUGAUCAAAGAGGACAUGGGUGUCGACGACGCUUCCGCGCGGAAUAUCAUGCGCGAAAGCAUCAAUCUGGGUGAAAAGAUGAAUCCAGCUCCUAAUGACGUUGUGCCAGCUAAGGAGAAUGAAGGGACUGGGUUAUCGAACUAG